AUGCUCAUAGUUCCAAUCAGCGGAAUGGAUCGAAUCAAGCGUUUGCGAAGUAUUCUGUCUGAUAAAAACACAAACAUAAACGUGUUGGAUUUUCUUCGCGAAUUAAGUAAAGAGGAACUCAUAUCGCCUGCAGAGGAAAAAGAUAUCAGGAGGAAGGAAACCUAUUCAGAAAAAAUUGAUUCCAUAUUUGACAUCGUUUUUGUGAAAAAUCCCAUGAAAAUUGAAAAGAAACUCAUUGAAGUUCUGGAAUCAAUGGAGAGGGAGGAUAUCAUCGACAGAUGGAACAAUGACUCCGUUGUCGCUGAUGCGCCCGGUUCAUUGCGGGAUAUUUUACUGGCGAGCUGGGGUAUUAUGCUGGAGCAGCUCAAAGCUGGGAUGGUUGCAAUCGAACUGCGCAAGUCAGGGGUCAUAUCAAAGCAAGAUCUUGAUGAGAUCAUGACGCCGCGCGACACGAGGGAGAAGAGAAGUGUCCUUUUGGCGAAACUAUCUGCGAAAAUUGACUCAAGGAAUUUCAAAAAGUUCAUUUCUGCGCUUACAGUGGCUAAUCAAACCAGUAUAGCGGAAAAUCUUCAGGCAGAAGAGGGGAAACUAGAAAGAGGGAAAUCUCAACUUGCAAAUGCAUUGCUGGACACGACUCCGUCCGAUGGGGACAUUCGGCAGAUCGCGAAUGGACUAGAAGAAGCAUGGGAUAAAUGGGGAAUCCUGGGCAAAGAGUUGGGACUUACCAAGGCUGCGAUUGACGAAAUCGAGAGAAAGGAACUGGAUCCAGUCAGAUCGACAUACCUUCUUCUGAGGGAGUGGAGGAAAUUAUCACUCGAGGAUCACCCCGCCACGUUUCGAGUCUUGCAUGAGGCCUUGUGCAAUCAAGGCAUGAUAUCAGAAGUCGUCAUCAAUCUCAUCUGCAAAAAGAAUUGCGAAGAUAUCAAAAGUAUUCUGUAACAAGCUCAACCUCCAGGAACACGGCGAGAUGGUUUUACGCUUUGCCGUUUGAGAACAAUAAAUAAAUCAGGUGUGUUUCAACAUAGCCGAUUCAGCAGCAGGACACACCAAAAACUGCCCCGAUGAUAAAAAAAUGGCUUUCAGAAAGAUGCUUUUGCAUUUCUCAUAAGACAGCUCUUCCCAUUUCAAGAUAUCUAACCUUCCUCAUAUGACAUUCUGCAUCGAAUAGGAAACACUGUUGGACUUUCCGUAAACUCGACAGUAAGAAUCCUAGGUUGGUCCAUUUCUUUUAUUGGACGGAAUGAGCCAAAAUAAAUUUUUAAAUGAAAAGGUCAAAAGUCAAGAAAUUGGGUCAUUCGAAGUUCAAUGAUCACAUACAAAUUUGUUGCCACGUGGACUGGAUGCUGUGUCUGCACUGCUCCAAGGAUUUAUUUCCUUUGACUCCAUUGGGGCCAUGGAUCACAGGAAGCUACGCAUUUGAAAAUCUAUCCAGGGGAUUCGCGAGGGGAGAGAAAUUUCGUUGACAUUCAAGGAGGAUGGAAGAAAGACGCAAGACUUACCAACAUUAUUGAAAAAAAGUCAGAUCUUGAGGAUGGGCAAGUGCCUCUGCUGGUGGUGGAGGGGAGGAAAUACUCAAUCGCUGUCCUUCCAUGUUGACAAGACUGAAUCGAACUCUUCUUCCCUUUAAAUUCACUUGGGUGGUCAUUUCUUGUUGAUGGUUUUCGUGUGCUCAAUCCCAAUGAGUAGCAGAAUCAAUGAGUAGCAAACUAAAGCAUUUUCAGUGCUUUUCUAGAGUGC